AUGGCUGAAACAUCUAAGAAGAAUAGAAAGAAAAAGAACGUAUCUGUUGAGUACAAAUGUCCACUCAAUCUUCUUCCUCGUGACAUAUGGGUGAGGAUUCUUACGAAGAUUGCAUCAAAUUCGAUUCAGGAUCUUUUCACCAUGCAGGUGACUUACAAGGUGUUUCUGGAUGUAGCGAGGUCGGAUGCUGUAUACAAGCAUGUGACGAUGUGGUAUAUACCGUUAGUGUCCUUUUUAUUUUACUUUGACCGACCUGAAAGGAGGUUCGUUGAUCGCUGCGUGGAAGCAGGAAAUCCGGAUACUAUACUCUGCCAUGAGAUGACGGAGUAUUUCUGGAUUACCCAUCAUGUCCUUGGAAUGGAUCUGCUGACUAGGGCUGCAACGGAGGAUAACGUUGAAGUCGGUUACUUGUGUGCCAUGCUGCUAUAG